GAACAAAAUAUUGUCAUUUUAUUAGUCCAAUUAAUUUAGAUAAAUAUUUAGUAGGAACAUCUAUAUUAAAAAAAAUAUAUAUAAUUUAUUUAUUUUGGAGUCCCUGGCCAGGGACUGUUUCAGUCACAGUUAAGUGAUGUAAAAUUGUGACAAAUCACGGGUACUUUGACACUCAGAAAAAGUAGCUAACAUUGUUGGUUUUAUUGCUCAUAUGAGGUAAAUAAUAAACAAAAUAACGACAAAUUAAAUGGAUCACAUUAUAGCUGCCAUUCAUGAGGCAGCAGCGCAGCAGCAGCAGCAAAUGUUUCAAUCGCCGUUUCCAUUGAUGCAGUUACAGCUUGGAGGCGGUAAUUAUGAUCAUGCCCAAUACAUAUCCGGUUAUGGACAGCCCAUAGGAAACUAUCCACAACCUGUACAGGGUCCGUUUUCAGAGAAGGAGCAGGAAUAUGCCGAAGAUGACGACGAGGAUGAUGAACAGCAACGGACUCUCUUUUGUGGUAAUCUAGACGAACGAGUUAGCGAGGAGAUUCUAUACGAAGUCUUUCUAACGGCCGGUCCCAUCGAAAGUGCACGGAUACCAUUAGAUCCUGCGGGUAGGCAACGAACUUACGGUUUCAUAACGUACCAACAUGCGUGUGCAGUGCCUUUUGCUUUGGAACUAUACCAAGGCUUGGAGUUGUUCCAGAAAAAGGUCACCAUCAAACACCAGGGUACCCCGCAGCCUUCAUCAAGAGACCAGGAUCAGCAGCAACGUUCACGCAAUAGAAACCCCUUUAAUCCAUUCAUGCCAGACACAAGCAGCCCUAGUGGAGGCGCAUCACGUCACAUGCGCCACAGUUUACACGACGCAAAACCCUAUGACCGGCAGCAGGAUCUGCGUCGUCGCAGUGAUAGCGCCGUGAUGGAUCGGAAUCGUUCAAGGCAUCAUCAGCAUCAGUCGCAAAAUCAUCAUAAUCAUAAUACUGGCGGCAAUCGGCGAUCCGAGCAACGUAACCAAGGGAAACGGAGAUUAUAGGAUAAGCUAGCACUGAAGUUAGCGAGUAAAACUAAUUGUACAAACCUUAAUGCAGCAAUAAUUAACAAUAAUUUGUGUCAUUUAUUAGCAUUAGGGCUUAGUAAUUAGGAAAAUAAAAAAUCCAACUAGUGUUACUUCUACCCAUAAUUCAAAUGAAUACUAUGUAUAGCAUAACAUAUGUAUGUAUGUAUAAUAUGUGCGAUUUUAAAAACUUAACAAUAGAUAGGCUUACGAAUAGUCUCAUGAGAUUAAAUGUCGUGCAUUUAAA